GAGGUCCAGCACUGAAAUUAUUUUUUAUUGAGAACCAAAAAGGGCGCCCGCUCUCCUUUAUGAUGGGCACAGGUAUAAUUUUAGUCACGAGAACAAAAAUUCUAAGAAUUGGAAAUGUGCGAAUCGCACUACUGGUUGCUUCGCAUCCGCGACAUCAUUUGAUCCUACGCGAUUGGAUUGAAGCGAAAAAAAAUGUAAUUCCCACUUAAUGUGUAUGGGAGGCCGAAGAUAUUAAUUUGUAUAUCUAUGUCAACUUUUAGCUUAAUAGCACUAACCAUCACGGAGCAAAGCUGCGGACGGACAGACAGAAAGACAGACAGACAGAAGUUGAUUACGGAACCCUAAAAAUAGUAAGGAUAGGGAGGUUACAAAGAAAGUUUUUUGAUUCAGUGUAUACGUUUGGAGGAAAUUGCCUUCCUCGAAAAAUUUUGAGCAGUAGUAGUCGUCCGAAUUGCCCUAUAUAGUUCUAUAAGGCAAUUCUGACAUCUUAGAAAAAUACUACUAUACCGAGCUUAACAAAAAUAUGAAAAAUCAAGGGAAUAGUGCAUUACAAGUACUUUCAACAAAAAUAGUUUUCGCUGAAAAAAUCUCUUUCCUAAACAUAAGUGCCGUGAGUUUGAUACGAACUAAAGAGCCCGGUAACGUUUUUUUAGAUUUCACUCAAUUUAUCGAUACUAUUUUGCAGCAAAUUGUAAUAAAUAUAUUAGUAUGUACCUAUACAUAUUUCAUAUUGGAACCCUAAAAAGCACCGUACCCGUAUAAAGUAUGACAAUCGUGAGUUUGGUGUAUUUUGGGAACAUGACGUUUUGUGAAUCAAUUAUUAUGAAAAUCGGGUGUUCUGAUACUUUCCCGUAUUUCAAAUUUAGGGUAUUUUGGGAAAAGAGCCUUUUGUGUACCGGUUUUUAUGAGCUUCAGUCUAUUUGGAAUUGGCCCAUAUUGAGGAAAGUGCAAAUCGAGAACGGUUCAUUUUGGUAACAAGUUCAUUUGAGUUUCAUUCGUUAUGAGAAUAGUUUUUUAUAAUAUUGGUAGUAAUUGAGCAGUAGUGUAUUUUGAGAUUAGUGUCGCAUGCACCGGAAAGAGUAAGACGAAUGUUCUCCACGUCUCUAGGCCUUCACAGCCACAAUAACACAUCUACAAUUCUGCACACAGUACUUGUAUUUAAGUAUAAAUCUACAUGCCUAAGUGUAAGGCCUGAGUGGACGCUCGAAGCGGAGCGUUCGGCAGGGCGUGCAGCGUGGCGUCGGGCUAACAAGUGAUUUUAUAACAGCGUGCACUAAGGCUGCUCCUAUACGUUUGCUUUUGUUGAACAUGCACGCCGCACGCCCCGCCCCGCACGCCCAACUCGAGAGUCCACUCAGGCUUUACACUAAGGCGUGAUGGAUGAGAUGAUGACUAUUUUAACUAUAUAAACCUGUGUUGGCUGUGAGGAUCCCCAAGUACUACGGUAGGUAUUGGUAGAAUUUCAAUUUUCAUUUAAUUUUUUUUAAACAUCCAUCGUAACAGUGAUUGAUUAGGAAUGAAUGAAUCUGAUAUGUUGGCAAUUUAGAUAUGAAUGUACUUUUUGUAGUUUCCAAUGGAAACGAAUAACAAGAAGAUUAACUAAAACCACUGAAAAUAAUUAUCCAGCAUUUCAUUUUUAGAUACUUAUUUAGGUAUUGUUAUGGGCUUAAUAACUGAAUAACGAAGAUAGUGUAAACUAAUUAAACGAAGAAAAGUGCGAAACGGUGAAAGUAAAUUCAAUGAAGAGGAUUUUUAAACAUCCGUGCUCGAAGCCCUAAUUGAUGAUUAGAAUGCAAUUUAGACGGCUUGUUCAAUACUACAGUGGAUCCCGUUAGUAAAAUGCCUAAACCCGACUAUGAGAGAAAAGACAAGUUUGUAACCGCACAGAAUUCCAUUGAUUCUUCUUCAACUUGUUCGGUGAAUAUUGUUAACGUAAAUACGGAGAAAAUAAAAGAUUUCUACCGCUCUAUUCCUAAUUAUAAUGAAAUAAAUCAUCUGCCGACUGAAGAAUUCUAUUCUACGUUAAGAUCUUUAAGACAGAAGAAGAAAGUAAUGCUAGAAUAUGCUGUGGACUUAAUAGAUGAUUGUAAUGGGGAUAAUAUACAAGCAAAAGAGGAAGCGUACGGCAUUGACAAUAAAAUAGUUGAUAAAACUGUUACAACACCUUGUGGUAGUGAUAGUACAUUGAGGCGUAAAUACGGCACAGAGAAAAAAGAUAAAAGCUCAGAGUUCAAUGGAGCUGCAAGGAUUAACAGAAGACGUGUUUCUGAUUGUUCCAAUAAGAACCUGUCUAUGUCUUCUAUGAAACAACCGACUAAAAAGCUGACUGUUACCAAUAUCGAAGUCAAAAUAGACGAUGAUCCUAAAAUGAAUACUGUUAAAUGUAGUUCCAUGAAAGAAAAGACGUCGAAACCAAAAAGAAACCAUUCCGCCUGUUCCAUAUCCUGGAACGAUGAUAAAAUUGAAAGGAAGAACGAAGUCGACCAAAAGUUUGACAAGUUUUUUGACGGAGCGGAAUAUUCAAGACUGAAGAAAAGUACUAUGGACGACGAUGAGUUUAAAACUCAAAGUAUGCCGUCUAGUCCGUUGAGAGCUAAGCGAUUUGGGUCACCCCAGAGGAGACGUAGGAGUAUAACUGUGCCGAAGCCGUUUAAAAUGACAGAAAGAGAUGAAGAAGUAAGGGCAGUAAACGAGCUUCGUAGCCUGCAAAAGUCGUUUUCCGAAGAUAUGCUUCACAGAAAAUGCGACCGUCAGCAAUUCCGGACCAAACCUAUCCCCAUAGAGUCUCGGAUACCUCUCUACGACAAAAUUCUUGAGGAUCAAGCGAUGAGGAGAGCUAUAACGAAAAUCAACAGCGAAGCAGAGCUCCGCGCUAAAAUGAAGCCUUUCAGUUUUACAAAAAGGGAAGAAGGCGGAUUGGAAGCAGGAAGAGGCUGUGAACGAGCGAUUCACGCCCUACCGAAGCCGAAGAAAAAGAAAAGAUUUCGCGCAAGGCCAGUGCCUAAGAAUUUGUUUUCAAACUAUUUUUACGAUAAAAUGAAGGAGGAAGAAUUUUUUAGGUCAAUGAACCGGCGAAUCAGAUCAGAAGAAAUGCUCCGAAGCGCUAACCUUCCCGGCUCCAUGGCUAUGCGCGAUCGCAGCCGGUUGUCCACGCCAGCGGCCCACAGCGAUUUGCCCAUCGAUCCAUCUCCUGGCAUCCCAUCUGUCAGUUCUUCUGACAGACAGAGGAGUAGGAGUCCGGAGAAAAGGAACAGAUACGAGAAAACGGCGAAGGAAAACUUUAUUACGACUAGUCCGAAGCCGUUUAGGUUCAAUACGGCUGACAGAGCGGCGAAGAAGAUGCAAAACGUAGCAAUGAAAAUGUCCCAAGAAAGCAAAAGCACCGAGAGCGUCGGUACCAGCGGUGACGUAGGAGUUAUGCGAGGGUUCUCCGCCUUGGAGCUUCGAGCUGCAGCCUCAGGCCGAUCGAACCUGGCAGCUCUGCUGAGGGCCGAGGCGGUCCGCCGACGGUUUGAGAUGGACGCGGCCAGUAGGAUGGCAGAGCAGCGGAGAAUACGCGAAAUGCGUCACAGGGAUCGCUUGCUGAGAUCUAACCCAGCGUGGACUCUGGUUAAAAAUAAUGCUGAAGAAGACAUUGCCAUGCGUCUGCAAACUCGACGCGACGAGGAGCGAAUGAGGCGAGAGGAAUUCCUCCACGAAAUGGAACUUAUGUAUGGAAGAGUCCAACAGCAGCCUCUGCUUUUUGAGAGAUAUUACGCACCGCGAUCUCACUCCGCUCCCGUUGACUACAUACAACUCUCCCCGAGAAAAACCAAGAAGAGGAGCUCAAGGAAAUGUAAAACAUACCAUUUUAAUACUCCUAGCGUAUCGCGGAAAGACUCCCUGAAUGACUACAAUGCAAACAUGAUGGAAUAUUUAAAUAGAAUAGAAAACGACGAAGAUGCUAUUGAUAGUCUUGAUGGUAAGUGAAUGUUUUAGUUAUGGUGGAGUUUCUUUAAGCAAUGUGGUCAGUAAAAUUUGUUUAA